AAGAAAGAAGAAAAAUGGGUGUUUUGUGUUAUGGUUGAUGAUGAUGUCGUUGAGGCAAGGAGGCCUUGGGGGCACAAGGUGUCAAGAUUGUGGGAAUAUAGCCAAGAAAGAUUGUGGUUACAUGAGGUGCAGGACUUGUUGCCGGAGCAAAGGAUUCGAGUGUCGGACACACGUAAAGAGCACUUGGGUUCCGGCUUAUCGGAGACAGAACCGCCAUCAUCAACAGCAGCAGCAGCAGCAACAACAACAAUUCUCUUCUCUCCCAAUCCCUUUGCUUAAUAACCCUAAACGGCUUAGGAAAAAUAAUCCUUCUUCAGGGUUAGAAGUGGGGUAUUUUCCGGUGGAAGUGACAUCGCCGGCGACGUUCCGUUGUGUACGAGUGAGCUCCAUCGAAGACGCGGCCGACCAGUACGCUUAUCGAACGGCGGUGACGAUCGGAGGACACGUAUUCAAGGGUUUCUCUAUGAUCAAGGAGCAGAUCAAGGUCAUUACUCACUCGGAGAAUGCUCCUCCCGGAGACUCCUCCUCAGCCGUCGCGUCGCAACCGCCGAAUCAAUUCAAUGCAAGUGGCCGAUCUAACGAUGGCGACGACUAACACCACCACGACCACCACCAUUCCAACUUCAGUAGUUGCAGCUGAAACCCUGCUUCCUUUCGCUUACGCAUCUCCUUUUAGUGCUUUCAUGUCAUCUUCCGGUACGCAAUUUUCCUCCACCCAAAAUCUUAAGA